AUGACACACUAUGCUACUAACCCACCUAUGACAGAUUAUAGAUCAACUAUUAAGAUAGGCUCACUCAAUUGUCGAAGUCUCAGUAAGCUCUCCAACCCAACCACCAGUUCCGAAUUUGUACGAUUCCUUCGUAAUCCUGAACUGAAAUAUGACAUUCUAUGCUUCCAAGAAACCCAUGCUACCGAAUCAGUCCGUGAACGACUGAAUAUGCAAUUUCAAACCAACACCAGCAUCUGGACAUCCCACUGUGGUAUUGUCUCCCUCAACCCAAAAAUCAUCAUCCAACCGCUCAACGUUACCCUUGAUGACCGGAUUAUAGUGUGUCAGGUAACACACUGUAAUGCACUCUUUUCACCCAUCACACUCGUUAAUAUUUAUGCUCCUGCCACGGCGUCGUCCAGAGCCCACUUUUAUUCACAACUGCUUACCAUUCCACUCUUUCACCCCGAUACCUGGGCUCUGGACACCUUUCCCAUCACCAUUGACAUCCAACCACCUCCAAUAUCUACAGAGGAACCAUCCACGAUUGCAGUGGAUCGUGAAUCUCUGAUUAUACUAGGUGACUUUAAUUAUCAUGCUACCUCUUAUGCCAUUGACAACACCAACUAUACUACUGAUUCUUUCUCUCCCCCUAUACAGUCAGAUCAACCCCACCACCACUCUGCCAUGCUGGCUCAACAUCGCUGGCAUGACUUACUCAGCAAUCACCUCAUCGAAUGUACCCGCUCAAAACAUGAUGGGCCACUUUUACCAACAUUCCGUCGCGGGACCUCACGGUCGACCAUCGAUUAUGUCUACUGCUCACCAACGCUAUUUCAACAACUACACUCGUCCUCCAUUGAUUUUAUGUGCUCCCAAUGGACUGAUCAUGCCAUCCUCAAUACCACCUUUCAAUUCUCCUCCUCUCAACAGGGUACUGGACUUUGGCGAGCUAAUCCCCAGCUAGCAAAGAACGAGUACUUCGUCACCGAAAUCCACCAGGCGUUAGAUCAGUUCUUCCAGGAACCAGGUACUUCCCCUCAAGCACAAUGGGAUGCACUCAAGGCCGUAGUGAAAACCAUUGCCCGUCGCAUUGGUCGCCGCCACAGCUCUUGGCGCAACCGACAGCUCAAAAGGUUUCAAAGGAAACGCAACCAGUUGUUCAAACGAUAUCAGAAUCAACCAGCCAUUCUCCGAGAACGAUUACCCGUUAUCGAGAAACUCAUCAGCGAUCUGCAACAGGAGAUCUCCAUCCAACAAACCAUUCGUGCGGGUAAAAUGUGGCGUGAACAGGGUGAAACGUCUGCCGGAUACCUCAAACGCACAAUCGCCACUAGACAAAUUCAACGCACCAUGUUAGCUCUCCAACAUCCAGACACCCACUCCAUCUGCGAUACGGCAGAGACUAUGCAGGAUGCUGCAGUAUGUUUUUAUCGUAAGCUAUAUACUACUGACUCCAUAGAUUAUACCAGCAUCUCUGAACUCUGCAACACCAUCCCUGCCUCAGCACAGAUCCCAGUAAACAGCCAACCCACCUUGGAGACGCCAUUUACCAUCGACGAGAUUAUGACUGGUGCACAGCGGUCGCCCAACCAUAGCAGCCCAGGUACGGAUGGCCUACCCUAUGAAAUCCUAGCGGUGCUAUUAUCCCACCAACAAACAGCCCAACUUGCCCAUGCCGUCUUCAAGGAGGCUCUUACCCUCGGUAUCUUUCCCAACAGCUGGCUCACUACUUGCAUGUGCCUGCUCCCUAAAAAGGGCGAUCUCACAGACCUGAGGAAUUUUCGUCCCAUCUCGUUAAUCAACUGCGAUGCUAAAAUCUUCACACGCCUGCUCAAUCAGCGUCUGAUGCCACAUAUGCAACAAUUAAUCAGCCCCCAACAACUUGGAUUCAUGCCGAACCGCUUCAUUGGCGAGCACGGCUUCACAUUACAGACCACCAAACUCCUAGCUACUACCAACCAUUCAUCCACCAUUGCUCUUCUUUUGGAUCAAGAAAAAGCAUAUGAUCGUAUUCAUCCCGAAUAUCUUCAACACAUUAUGCUCCAAUUUGGUAUUCCACAAUCUUUAACACACUGUAUCAUCUCACUUUUCUUCUCCACUAACAUUCAGAUCAACAUUAAUGGCCACAUCACCAAGGCACCUCUCCCUCAAGAAAGAGGCCUUCGCCAAGGUGAUCCACUCAGUCCCCUCCUUUUCAACAUUGCUUUUGACCCUUUCCUCCGCUCCAUUCAACAGAACCCUACCUUUGAGGGUUUCCAUGUACAACAAGAAGCCCCACCACAUCCAUCACCUACUGCCGACGUGGACGAUCUAACCGAAAGCCUCACCAACUCAUCCCCUCCGCCAGACUCCCCUCGCAACACUCCUUCAGUCUCUCCCACCCAUCGCAAUCCAAUUAAGUACAAAAUUCUAGCCUAUGCAGAUGACACAUUAGUCUAUUUGAAGAACUUUUCGGAUUUUCUUCUUCUGCAGGACUCUAUCAAUGCAUACAUGAAAGCAUCGAAUGCACUACUAAAUUACAGAAAAACUAUAGCCAUUUCGCUCUCUGGACAACCACAACCAGAUUGGCGCGAGUUUCUUGCUACUCACCAAAUCCACCAAAUGCAUGACCGCACCUCUCCUGAUCCAGUAACAUAUCUUGGCUAUCCCAUAUGCUCCAGUUUAUCCCAACGCAACCUCGCUUUCCAGCAACUCUACAACAAUAUCCAACAAUGCAUCCAUAUUCACUCCCAACGGAACCUCUCCAUUCGUGGAAGAGCUACCGUUCUCAACACACUCAUUUUCUCGAAACUCUGGCAUGUCAUGCGCAACUUUAUUUUCACCAAAGCUCAAUUACUCUCCUUACGCAGCCUUGGGUCCUCCUUCAUUAACUUUCGUAUCUUCCCCAAACUUUCCUUUAGAACCCUUCAACAGCCUCGCCAUCAUGGCGGCCUCCAAGUUUUAGAUCCCAUUGUCCAACAACAAGCUCUCCAAUGGCGCUGGAUUUGCCCCCUCAUUUUAGCCGCCUGUCAUUCACCACUAUUACCGACAUACACCACCCCAAGCAUUCCACUCCUCCAGUACUCCCUGCAAUGGUAUUUCCACUCUACCGCUUUCUCUGAUUACUUUUACUACUUACUCUUUCCUGCUGCUCGACAAACCAUCUGGUUCCAACAUCGACCCAGUCCACACCAAGCUUUCCUUAACAUACUCACCAAUGUCAUUACCACCAUGGAUCGAAUACCUCGUUCCUUCACAACCUGUCACUUAGAUUUUCAUACAGGUUUAUCAUUACCUUUCCUUGAAAUUAUCUUACAUACCCUCCCUUCUACUCACCCCCAUUUCUCUUCUUUCACAGCUCCAGAUCAACUGUUUGACCGACAUCACGCCGUCCAGAAACUGCUCGCAAUAGAUGUGUUUACCUUUGACUUCGACUUACAAGUGAUCCGUCUUAGAAACUGGACCUUCCUUGAGUUUUGCCAUUAUCCAAGAAUAUCUCAUCGAGUUGCCCGUUGGAUUGAGGAAGGCCAAAUCUACCUCCAACCAUUCUUUCUCGCUCUCUGCCGUCAGGCCCCUCGCCAUUCAUUUACCAGUGCCUCCUUUGGUGCCAACCCCCACAACAUCCGCCCACUCAUUCGCCGUCUAAUCAAACCUAUAACACCACUACCUUCAACAGUGCCACUCAACAGUAUUCAAUACUACAAACACUUGGUUUCCACUGACAUGCCCACCAUCAACACUUCACCUCUUUCCCCCUCCCAAUGGCGCCUCUUUUGGAAACUACCUAUUCUCCUUCAAUCCCGAACUGUAUGGUAUAGACUUAUCCAUCGAAAAAUUCCCUCCAAAUCGAUCCUCCACCACUUCAUCCCCACAACUCACCCUUCACCUUCGUGUCCUCUCUGUUUGACCCAGAGCCCGGAGGAUAUCCAACAUUUCUUCUUUACUUGUCCUCUCAAACUCGCUGUAUGGCGGUUCCUCGCCACUACAUACCUAUCCCACACACCGAUGACCGACGACGUCCUUCUCCCAUUCCUCCACGGCAUUCAAACUCUAUCCAUAGCUGAACCCACUCGCUCUGCCUCCUUACCUUUUCCAGAGCUUACCGUUUACCAAGUUUUCGCUACCAGUCUACUCUGUAUAUGGCAAGCCCACUGGCGCUCCAUCUUCGACCAUGUCCCUUUUGUCACUCUCAACGUUAACACAUCUAUUGCCCGUUCUCUGUCUCGCUUGGAAUCGGAAUUACAGUUUGAUUUGUAA